AUGAGGACAAGGGUGGCCGCCGCCCUGCAGAAGAUGCUUAUGUUCCAAGACGUGAGGGCAAGCGUGGCGGACGCCACCCCUUCGGUCGUGGCACCCCUGGUGGGUCUCCUCCAGCAUCCAAAGGGGGUGUCGUCGAAGAAAUGGGGGCGGGGGUCAUCCGAGCAAAGCGGAUCGACAAGACGGGAGGGUAAACAAGGGCAUCAGCAGGAAAAGAGGAAGCACACCCGGGGAGUUUCAGUUCGACGCGAGGAGGCGGGGGACGAAGUUUGUGGAGAGGAAGAGGCUUGGAACGCGGCCGAAAAUCUGACCAGCAAGGCUCCCCUACACGCGGCCGCAUGCCUCCGUGUGCUGGCCCUGAGCGAGGGCUUUCCGGAGAUCAUGGCCUCGGCUUCGGCCGUCCCGGCGCUGGUAGACGGGCUCAAGAGCGGUUCACCCCUCAUGAAGAGCGUCUGCGGAGGAUGUCUGGCCAGCCUGGCGCGCUGCGACGAAGAGUGUUGCAUGGAGAUGAUAGACUUCGGGGUGUUGCCGACCCUGCUCGGCUUCGUUCGGGACAGAGACCCACUUCCCGAGCUUACUGCCUGGAGUGUGCUGGCGGCCAUCAUGCGGGUUCGAGAGGCACGCGAAGCGUUCGUCAAGGCCGGGGGGGCGGAGCUCCUGGAAGGCGUGCUGACAAGGAAGCAACGCAGGACGGGCCCGAACCGCUUCCUUCUCGUCAUCCAGGAAAGCGCGAUGCGGGUUCUCUUGAAGCUCUGCGAAGAAGAGGAAAGAGAUCAAGACGAACGCGACAAAGAGCAGGAAAAAAACAACGGCGGCAGAGGUGACUCCAAAGCCAUCAGCCCGACAAUCCCGUCCAUGCUCCUGCUCGACGACAAUGGAAGUAACGCCAGCGACAGCAGUGGACAUCGCCGCAACAACGACAGCGGCAACAGUACCGACAAAGGCGACGCCAAAAGAAGAGACUUGAGGAGGGUCGGGAAGGGGGGAAGGACAGGAGAGGCAGGCAACAUCAAGCGGUUGCCAACAUCACCGUCCGUUUCUGAUAGAAGCGGCUGCAACGGCGACGGCGAGGGCGGGGAUCAAUCGUCCGCAUCCCCUCGUCUCGAGACCAUGGGCGACUUCGUGUCGAAAGAGGGGGUGUUUCGCGGCCUCUUGAGGCAGAUGAAGGGGGGCACACAGGUCUCCAUGAAGACAUCGGUGGAGGUGCUGAAGGUGACGUGGAGGGCUUGUUCGAGCAGACAGGUGGACUCGACGAUGCCCCUGGUGCUCGACAUGCUGAAGUCCGAUACAUGGAUGCUCACGUCCGCGGCCGCUCAGGUGGUUCUGCACGUGUACCAGGAAGACGAUCAGCGACUGAGGUGCGCCGCGUCCGGUGGGGUGGAGUCACUCAUCGACACGAUUCGUACAAAGGCUCCACAGAUGCAGGCGGGCACCUUGGCUGCCCUGCUGAGCCUGUGCGAGCACCCCGACGUGCCGGCGGUAGUAGCCGCGGCGGGAGGGUUGGAAGUCCUGGCAGAGUAUCUCACCACAGCAAGAGAUAUAACCACCAGGUACGUCGUGCUGGCCGUGAUGAAAGUUAUCCUGGUUUGCGAGAGACUGGCCGUCGAGCCCUACUUGCCAGACAUGCUCGUUAGCGAGCACGUCUUGGGCGCGAGCGACGAGAUCGACGAGUUUGUGCGAGUGUUCGUGGACAAGAGGAAGGCUUCGGACUACCUUCCAGUCGGGGUGGCGAACGUGUGUCGCUUUGCGGCGAAGGACAUAGCAGAGUAUAAGUCAACCUUCAAGGAGCUAGAUAAGGAUGCAAGUGGUGCCCUGGACGAGCGAGAGCUAGGACGGCUACUUAAACAACUCAAGGUGGACUCAAGAAAAAAGACUGUCAAGAACGUCCUACUCGCCGUCGACAAAAACAACAGCGGAAUGGUUGAAUUUGACGAGUUCCUGGACAUCAUGUGGGAUAUCAAGCACGCCAAGGGGAGCGCACGAGGCCUCCUAUUCGGCCGAGCGGGUAUAUUUCUGGAGGGGACGUUCGCUGCGGCGCAGGCGGCGCUUCGUGGCAAGACGCCGCGCCGGCAGCAGGGGAAGAAGGCCAGCAGCACGGCCAAGAGGGUCUGCCGCAAGAGCGCCAGCAGGCAGCGCCGGCGGCGGCAGUGAAGACGACGAGCGUCGCUGGCGCGAUCGUAGCCCGAGGAAAGGAGGCCACGCUCUCCUUCCUCCCCAAGAUAACUGUCAAGAAAAUGACGUGGAAAGGAUUCUCAUAGAGUAGACAGGGUCUACGCUCUCGGGAUAUUUUGCAUUUCACUGCUGGGGACACUGCGCCAUGUAGACGACGCAAAGAAGCAUGAAAAGGUGAAGGGAAACCUGUGCCUUUCACUGAGUAGAAUGAAUCCCCGUUGCAAAACGACCGUGGUAGGUUCAACAGAUAGUGAUAGUUUCUGGUGAAUGUCUCUCACUACGUAUCUCUCUGUGUUGCGAAACAUAAUUGUUCGCCUUGGCGUUGCUCACCCCUUGAGAGUUUUCUUUCGGUGGCCUCCCACCCACGAACGGCACCGAUCCCUACUCAGCUGCCAGACUGCAUUUUCUUGGGUAGAAGCUGUCCCUCCUUGUUGUGAAGAUAUUGGAAAACAUUCGAAAACCCUACGGGCGCUUCGUAAACCUGAAGCGCCGGUUGCUUACACUCGUCGGCGGCGUUUCGCUGCUGCUCAUAUUGCGCACACCACACCCAGCCACCCCCCGUACGGAUGUACUUCAAAACAAACUCUGUACAAUGUAUGGCAAACGACAACAGCAAAAACGCCCAGGAGCCAGCCAUUGGGCAAUUCAAACCCUGCACAGUAACAAACACAGGGAGGAGAUACAAAAUGGUAAUGGUACAGAACACAAAGAAUACACCCUAACCAGCCAACCGCCAUCAGUCCGUCAUGUCGCUAUGCAUUCCAACAAAAAGCUAGCAAAUGCACAGACGACGAGCAAAAGGUGACGCCUGAUAAAACCAACACGCGGUGGCCGUCACAAUCACUGCCAAUGAAAGCUAUGAUGCUCGUCGAAUACAAGGACAGAGGCAAAACACAAAGCGAGAGAUUAGGUUAGACAUUGAUAGGGGACCUAUAGGUCUGACCCGACGUUGAACCUAAGCUCUGCACACGGGAUCUGUCACAUACCGUGGCCGACCCAACCCCAGCACUGUCCUACCCCUAACCCUCACCCAUUCCCCCACGGCCAACGCACAGCCUGCACGGGAUGUGUCACACACCGCCGUGCCCGACCCAACCCAACCCAACCCAAUCGUAGCACUAACCUAACCCUAACCCUCACCCACGGCCAACGCACGGCCUGGCGGCCGACAGCGAGAACGCGGCUACAUCGAGUUCUGCGCCGCGUUCUGGGAAUGCGGGCGGCGAGAGGGCGCUGGAGAGGAAUCGAUCGUUAGAACCAUCGCCAGACCAAUCAGAGCGCCUUAGUCCUAAAGAUGCCCCUGUCAUUGUGUAAACACUACUGCAACGCGAUACUUUCGGCGUUACAUAGCGGUGGGUGGUGAACAUCAAGAAAAAAGAAAAAAAAAACAUGUUCUCCACGUUGGUCUAGUCUCACCUCUCGCGAUUGUCGGGGGGGGCUCGGCAGCACCGGAGACUUGCUCCCGUUGGCAUCCACGACCCACUGAUUUGAAACGCGUAAUAAGUUACAGCUACACUGCCGUAGCAAAAAACCUCAUUCAACUACCUUUGUCAGUCGCAGAGACUAUGUGCCACGUCAUGAUCGAUACGACAGCGGCCCGAAUACCACCCCCCAAUGUUCGCAACCCUGACUUACAACCUCUUCAUCGGAAAACAUACCCGGAGGGAUCGACGGGUGUUGGCGCUAAGCGUCCUUGGUAUCAACACGGCACAGAAAAACGAGGGGCUCAACACCGUUCGGGAUUCAUCUGUUCUGCCCCCCGUAGGACAUCAUCAUGCUUGACACCUCGUCGUCGCGAGCACCGCAAAUCAUUGACACAUAUACCGAAGCAAAAGACGCACCAACAAUAUCGCCAUGAAUCGACGCAGCUCACACGUCCCGCGCUACUUUUUCUCUGUCCCAACGUACCUGCUCACCCUCCCGAUCGUCUAUCGACUGACUCUGGACCUACAAAAGAAACACCCUGACAAGGCCAAACCAAAAACAACUCUGCACCUUGUCUUCACGAAAUAUAUAGAUGAAUGCACACGCAAGAACGCACAAACACACAACACUCGCAAUCACAGGUGCAACAGCAGCUUUUGUUGCAAGCCUACAAGCUGCUGCAGUCGCGGCCCGAUAUGAGAGGUUGGUGUCACGAAAGGCCCUCGACCCUCUGUAUAUCGGGACC